GAUAGAUAGAUACAGACACGUGUAUCUAUAUGUGCAUGAACAAAGCCGCAGAGUCCCAUUCCGAUUAAAGCGCCCUCUCUUAUUGGCCCCUUCCGCGCUUUUCUUCACAUGAUUCCUCUCCGUUUUUGCUUCGAUCCUCGAUUGCAGCCCUAAAUCUUCCCCCAAUUUCGCUUUUUCUUUUUGUUUGAUUCGAUUCCGCAGAGCCGCAGUACUAUACAUAGCCGUGUUCGCUCGUCGUCUCCAAAUCCUCUCUGAUCGGAGGAUUCUGAAUUCCGGCGGAAAACAGGGCGGAUUUUUGACAGGGAUUGGAAAAAAUGCAAGCGGUUUUGCAGACGAAGGGGAUUUUUUCCCUACCUUCAAACCCUAGGACUCGAGGUUUUAUCGCUCGGCCGGCGAGCGAUCUACGGUACAGAUUCAAUCCUCCGGUGAAAUCGACGGCUGUGAGGGCGUCAAAUUUGUUUCCGAACGUAUCGCUGAAACCAAAACCCCUAGGGUUUGCGGCAAAGCCUAAUUUAAUUCGUUCAAACGUUAGAGAUCGUUAUCCAAUUGUAAGAGCUGAGGCUGCAGCAGGUGCGGAUGGACAGCCUCUGUUUGAGGAGAAAGAAGAGCCUAAAAUCUUCGGAAUUGAAUCGGUGACUCUGAAGAAGAUUAUUCCUCUCGGGUUGAUGUUUUUCUGCAUUCUUUUUAACUAUACGAUUCUUAGGGAUACGAAGGACGUUUUGGUGGUGACAGCCAAGGGUUCGAGUGCUGAAAUCAUACCUUUUCUGAAGACAUGGGUGAAUUUGCCGAUGGCUGUGGGGUUUAUGAUUCUGUACACAAAAUUGGCUAAUGUUUUGUCGAAGGAGGCUCUUUUUUACUCUGUGAUUCUUCCGUUUAUAGCCUUUUUUGGGGCGUUUGGAUUUGUUUUGUAUCCUCUCAGCGAGUAUUUCCACCCCACAGCUCUUGCUGAUAAGCUUCUCAAUGUUUUGGGGCCGAGGUUUCUCGGGCCUCUGGCGAUUAUGAGGAUUUGGAGCUUCUGCUUGUUCUAUGUGAUGGCUGAGCUUUGGGGGAGUGUGGUUAUUUCAGUUCUGUUUUGGGGAUUCGCUAAUCAGAUUACCACAGUCGAUGAAGCGAAGAAAUUCUACCCGCUAUUUGGCCUCGGAGCGAAUGUUGCGCUUGUAUUCUCCGGUCGAACUGUGAAAUACUUUUCUCAAUUGAGACAAAACCUCGGCCCAGGCGUCGACGGGUGGGCUGUCUCCCUAAAGGGAAUGAUGAGCAUCGUCGUCGCAAUGGGGUUUGCAAUUUGUUUCUUCUACUGGUGGGUGAAUCACAACGUUCCUCUCCCUGCCCGAAGUCUAAAGAAGAAGGAAAAGCCGAAAAUGGGAACAAUGGAGAGCUUGAAGUUCUUGGUGUCGUCAAGGUACAUUCGCGAUCUUGCCACUUUAGUCGUAGCAUACGGCAUCAGCAUCAACCUCGUUGAAGUAACGUGGAAAUCGAAGCUAAAAGCUCAGUUCCCUACGCCGAACGAAUACUCGUCGUUUAUGGGCGACUUCUCGACCGCCACCGGAGUCGCGACUUUCACGAUGAUGCUGUUGAGCCAAUGGAUAUUCAACAAAUACGGUUGGGGGGUCGCCGCGAAAAUCACCCCGACCGUCUUACUUUUAACGGGGGUCGGAUUCUUCUCCCUCAUUCUGUUUGGCGAUCCUCUUGCCCCGGCUCUCGCGAAAUUCGGGAUAACGCCGCUUCUUGCGGCGGUGUACGUCGGAGCGAUGCAGAAUAUCUUCAGCAAGAGUGCGAAGUACAGCUUGUUCGACCCGUGCAAGGAGAUGGCGUACAUUCCGUUGGAUGAGGAGACUAAGGUUAAAGGGAAAGCGGCGAUCGACGUCGUCUGCAACCCGCUCGGAAAGUCGGGAGGCGCGCUGAUCCAGCAGUUUAUGAUUUUAACUUUCGGGUCUCUCGCGAAUUCGACUCCGUACUUGGGCGGCAUUCUGCUUGUGAUAGUUCUUGCGUGGUUGGGCGCGGCGAAAUCGUUGGACGGUCAGUUCACCGCGUUGAGGCGAGAGGAGGAGCUCGAAAAGGAAAUGGAACGAGUUUCCGUGAAGAUCCCGGUGCUGUCUUCGGACGAAAAGGGCGGCGGAAACGGAAAUGGGUUUGUUUCCGGUGAUUCGGCAGUGAACACCGAUGCCGGCGCGUCGGAGCCGUCAUCCAGCCGGAACACAUGAGGUUGGUAGGGAUUCUUGGUAAGAUUUUAUUUUUUAAUUUAGCCCAAGGAAUAAUUGUCUGAAUUAGGACAGUUAUGUGGCGUUCGUCGUCUUUGGAUUUUGGCUGACCUAAGGUGCUGUUACAACGUAGGUAAACUUAUUUGCUUCA